UUCAGUAGGCGACAUUAAAUAUUGGAAGAAUUCUGCUCGGGGAACAAAUCACUAGCUCCUUGGUGAAGGUUACAUUCUGUGUGGCUGGAUUGUACCAUAUGUUAUGAGAACAUGGACCCUUACCAAAAGGAAGAUGUACCCAGCUCACUGUGCUGUUUCACUGUGCUCGUACUGCUCGUGCAGGGUCUCGGUCUCACCGCGGUAAUCUUGGUUGCCGUGUGGAUGGGUCACUACCUUGGGGGAUUCGCAUGGUCUGAGGACCCGGCCCGACAGUUUAACUAUCACCCGGUGUUUAUGGUGAUUGGAAUGAUAUUUUUGUAUGCGGAUGCUAUCCUUGCCUACCGAGUGUUCCGCAACAUCAACAAGCUGUACGUAAAGAUCGUACACGCAGGCUUGCAUGUAGGGGCCCUGAUUUUCUCCGCAGUUGGCCUGAAGGCGGUGUUUGAUUUCCACAACCUGAGUAAUAUACCGAACCUGUACAGUCUUCAUAGCUGGAUCGGGCUGACGACGGUGGUCUUGUUUGGUCUUCAGUGGGUCUGCGGCAUCGUGUCAUUUCUGUUCCCCAAGCUGAGCUACGGCGCCCGCACUCGGUACAUGCCACAACAUGUGUUCUGGGGGCUCGCCAUAUUCGGGCUUGCUGUCGGAGCGGCACUCACAGGCAUCAUGGAAAAGGCUUGGUUCAUGAACUUCGGGAAAGGGUCGACAUUCAAGUACAGUGAACUACCAGCUGCUGGUGCGGUUAUCAACUGCCUGGGCGCAGCGAUUAUCAUCAUGGCGAUUCUUGUGUUCUACCUUGUGACAAGACCGGAGUACAAGCGUCCCAAAGGCCCAGAGGAAGAAGAGCACAUUCAGCUCUCCACUAACUGAUUUUAAAGAGUAUUCAAGGACAAAUUUGAAGAGUAUUCAAGGGGAAAUAAGUCAUUGGAGAGUCAACUAUGGGAUAUAAAACUGCUUAUGUUGGAAUCAUUAUUUUUUUAAAUUAAUAUUUUUGGAAGAUUGUUUUUUGGUAAUUAUAUUUUAGUCAUGUUUUAGCCCAGUUGAAGUAGAAACUUGUUAUGUACCCUUAUUCCAAGAGAAUUCAAAUUAUAUAACUGUAAUAUUGAUACAGAUGGAUGGCAUUGACUUACACCUGUAAAGGAUUAAUAAGCUAUAAUAUUGACAUAUAUAUUUUCUUUUCAAAGUUUAUCUGAAUCCAAAUGUGUGUUGUGUGAUUUUUUAGCCGAUACAAUGUUCGUUUGAAAAAAAGAUAAUAGCUGUUGUAUGAAUUGUAUUUUUAGAAAAUUUCCUGCUGGCCUAUAAUAGACAGCAUAGCUUUGCCAGGAUAGUUCAGAUCAAGAUUCAAAACAUUGAUAAUCGCUGUUAAACUAUUGAUAUUAAAAGUCUUUGUUGUAAUUUGGUGCUAAAUCCGGCUAAAAAGGCAAUCCAUUGAAAGGUAUGUCAUUUGUUAUGACUUGGUUAGAUAUGGGGCCAAGUUCACUGGUUGUUGUCUUUGAUUAUUUGAUUUUGUUGUGUCGCUUAUAUUGCAUUUAAUCAUGCUUCUUUACCAGUCUUGAUUGUGUAUGAAAUAGAGUAUAUUGAUACAUGAAAUAUUCAAUAGUAGAGUGGCAUUCAUUCUUGACUUUUGGUGUAUAGCAAAUGCAAGAAAAAAAAAUUUAAACAUGACACUGAGAUAUUUGUUUUUAUGCCCCCACAAAGUGGCGGCAUAUAGGGUUGCCCUUGUCCGUACGUACGUCUGUACGUACGUACGUCCCGAAGAUUGUUUCCGAUCUAAUUCUUGAAAACCGUUUGUCCAAUCCUCACCAAACUUUAAAUACAUGUUUGUGACCAUAAUAUCUUGAUCAAGUUCGAUAGUCAUGGAAAUCGCUUUAGUCAUUUAGGAGUUACGGCCCUUUUUUGCCAAAAAUACUUCAAAAAUAUAUGUUUCCAAUCUAAUUCUUGAAAAGUAUGUGUCCAAUCCUCACCAAACUUUACAUACAUGAUUGUGACCAUAAUAUCUUGAUCAAGUUUGAUAGCCAUGGAAAUCGCUUUUGUCAUUUAGGAGUUACGGCCCUUUAUUUGCAAAAAAAGACUUGAAAAAUACGUCCCGAAGAUUGUUUCCGAUCUAAUGCUUGAAAACUGUUUGUCCAAUCCUCACCAAACUUUUAACACAUGUUUGUGACCAUAAUACCUUGAUCAAGUUCGAUAGCCAUGGAAAUCGCUUUAAUCAUUUAGGAGUUAGGGCCCUUUAUUUCCCAACAAUACUUAAAAAAUAUCUUAUCCGAUCUAAUUUUUGAAAAGGAUUUGCCCUUGUGCAGAUUAUCCUGAAUAAUCAUUAUGGCUUAUUUUCUGUGACAAAAAAUCGAAGUGGGGGCAUCCGUGUCCUAUGGACACAUUUCUAGUUGGUUGUUAAAUAGCAUCGUGAAUAGGUCUACAGUGUAGUUCUCUUACCAAAGAGGUUGUGGGUUUAAGCUCCACCUGGUGCAUUUCCUUAUGUCCUCUUGGAGAUUAAUGUACUCCUUUAUACAAUUGAAACAUAUGGGGCCAUAUUACAGAAGUACCUUGGGGUAAAAUUGUACCUUUCCUUAAAGUCAACAAUUUCGUAUUUAUUUCACAGAUAGAUUUAAUUUGAUAAUAUUUUAUUGCAUGAAAAUGCAUGAGACAAUGAGAAUAUCAUUGCACUGUUUAACACAAGAUUUAAACCAUCAUGAUAAAAUCAAGCAUACAAAAGGGAUUGGGCCACGAGUUCUGCCAUCAUCAGUUACGGCCCUUUCACUGGUAGAUAAUGUUAUGCUUCAUGUACAUUCUGCAGUAGAGAAACUUCCACAAUUUUCAAUUUAUAGAAAAUAUUUUUUCGAGAAAUACCGGUAUAACAAUUCCAUAUUUACACUUAAGUAAAAAUAAGAAUUUUCUAAAAAUGCUUCUGUAAUAUGGAUCCUGUAUCCAAACUUGCGUGGAUGCUUUAUCUUGAAAUCAGGAUUGGGAGCUUUCAGUUUUUGACUAUCGUACAAUUCAUAAGUUCGCUUUUUUGCUGAGAAUUCGUAUGAUUUGUAGCAUGAUUGUAAGAAGUACCUUGAAAUGAGUAUAAAUGGCUUUGGAAACAAUUUCACCAGGGGUCUAAGCUCCAAUCCCUGCCUUGAAUCUGAAUCUCUCAUACACAAAUUAAUAGCAAUAAAAUUGGCAUUAUGCGGAGUUAAAUUUCUCCUGUUUUUAUAAAGGGUUUCCUAAGCCUUUUUGAAACUACUGAACAGUUGUUAUUUGUUUUCCCAUCAUGGUGUUGUGUUAUGCGUCCUUAGUAAUAGUAAGUGUUUAUUAUUGAACUCCUAAAUGAUUAAGUCCGCAAGCCGGCUGCAGCUCUGUGCAAAAUGUUACGAAGACCAAAAAUAAAUGCUAACUUUCUUAGUGUUCAGUGCUAGAUGUCUAUCGAAUGCCUCUUUCCUACCAAGCUUUUAAUUAACUGACUUAAUAAGACCAGUUUAUGACUUAAUGGAAAUUUGGCUUUUUAUCAUUACUAUCAAUGAAAAGUUAGCAGUUGUAACUUGCUUUAUGUGUUUUUGGUUGUUAGAGCUCUUCUUAAUAAUAAAAUGUAAAUCUGUCCGGCAAUCCCAUUUGCGUGGGCUUGAUUACUAAUCUAAGAUAGCAUUUAUCAGUCUUACUAAAAAAUCAUAAAUGAAACUUUUAUUAACUCUCCUGAAGAUGAUAAAAAAGUACUGUCAUUUUAUCAAACAUUUUUGUAGUAUGUGAAUAUUUCAGAUCAUAAAGUAAUGUAAAAGUUUAAAUAUUAAUUUAAGGGAUAGAAAAGCUUAAUAAUGAACAAUAUCAUUAUAUCUCCUUGAUUCACUUUUUUUGGAGAAAUUGUUUAUUUCUGUUGAAUUCCAUUUGCAUUAAUCUAGUAUUACCACAUUACCAUUAUAGGAUCAUAUGCUGUAAAAAGCCUUAGUUAGGCCACUAUUAAAAAUGCUUUGUUUGUCUAUACCAACCCACAUGAUAGGUAGGUAUGUAGGUGGUAGGAAUUUUUUGUUAUGCUUCCUUACCCCUUAAUUCGUAAUGAAAAAAAUGACAACUGGCGAUCCUAGAACAAAUUUUGGCUUGCAGGCCAAACAAACAAAAUUUUGCCGCCUUAUUGUAAGGCUUUAAGGCUGUAAGGUUUUGUUUUAAAUUGAUACAAACACCAGUUAUUCCAUGAUUGUCAUUAGUAAUACAAAAUUCAAGUAGAAAUGUACAAUUAAGUCCUGUAGUCCAUUAAAGGUAUUAUAUUCCGACUUCAGAAAAUACAGCACAAAGUUUGUAUUACAUAUAUGGAGUCAUCAAAAAUCACUCUAUAUUUUUGCUUUUUUUUUCGGUGAUAUUACACAUUACAUACAUGUAUGGUUUAUUAUGUGCAAAUUGUUAAUGUUGCUCACUUGUUUUAUUUGUGUAUAAUAUUUUAAUUUCUACAGAAAUGUCUCUAUUUAUUUGCUUGUAUUAUAAAAUAAAACCUGUAUGUCAAUUAUUGAUUAUAGAAACCCAUCAAUAAAUGUUUUAUAAUAUUUUUCGUACGUUCAAAUUUGUAUUUAUUAUGUUUAUAAGCUCAUCCAUUGUUCAAAGGAAAAAGUCAUGGUAUUGUCAAUAUGCUGAGGUUAACUUAAACCAUUUUUCAUAUUCAACUGACAUGUAGGAUACAUUAUACCAGUGACAAUGUGCAUGUGUGUGUGCGUGCGUGCGUGCGUGCGUGCGUGCGUGCGUGCGUGCGUGCGUGCGUGCGUGCGUGUGUGUGUAUUUCAAAGGGACUUGUUCACUUUCUAUAGGGUCAGACAUUGACAAAAAAUAUUUGUUUGAAAUUGAACAAAAUGCUUGUUCAACUAAGGGAUUAAUUGUUUAAACAAAUAUUGAAAACAGUGGUUCUAAUGAAAGAUACAGUGUUAAAUUUGGAUGAAAGGUACAGAAAACACGGUAUUUCUACCUUAUGAGACUAUCAUUGAUCUCCAUAAAUCUUUUAGGACCCACCAGUCAUUUAAUAUUUGUGUGUUUUCAGCUAUUAAAUACACGGUUACAAUCUUGUUAUCAGUAAUGGAUAUUUUCCAUGAAAUGAUAAAUGCAUUAUUUAGUAAGAAGUUAAAGGUUUUUCACUCAAAUUCAAAUUCAAACAUUUAUUGCAUGAAUGCCUCGAGCCCAUAUACACACACUCAAUAAUUUGGGAUUGUUAUAUUGAUUAUAAAUAGGAGUAUCACUUAAACAGGUCAUGAAAAAUGUGCUUUAUUUUGCUAAAAAGCGUGGGUAACGCUUUUGAAAUUGAAAAAUUUCAGGCUCAAAAUUGGAUAUUUCUGUUUAUAUGAGUAUCUGCCAGCUGCUGUUUGGCGCUUGUUCAUAAUCUUAUGUAAAAUAACACACUUUAAACAAAUUUAAAAAAUAAUUGCCAAUAUAAAAAUUUGUGAACAAGUCCCUUUAAAGUUUAUACUUGUGAUGGAAUUAUAAUUCAAAUAUGCCCCGCUUACUGUGAAAAACAAAGAAAAUGAUUGCAUGUCUUUUGGGUGCUAUGUUUGAAAUUUAUUUCUUGAAAUUUAUAUCAAAUAUUAAAGAUAUUAAUAUAUUACAUAAAAUAAGUCCUUUAAAUUUUGGUGUCUACAACAAUGCAACGUUUUUAUAUGAAAUAUACAAAAUAAUGCUCUUUGAAAUAUAACUAGUUCUUGCAUUGCUAUUGCUGUGUAUGCUCAUUGAAAUAAUGAUGGUUUCCGCAGUGCAAUGCUCCUUAAAUAAGUUAAGCUUCCACAAUGCAAUGCAUUGUAAAGCAAUUUAUAUUUUAAGGAGCAUUGUGUUGUUAAAGAAGAGACUAAUUUGACUGUGACUGGCAGAAAUGAGUCUUAAAGUAACAUUUGGAAUUGCCUAGUUGUGGCAUCAGAUCAAAUACAUUAUUAAAAAACAAAAAGCCUAAACUAUCUUAAAUUUCCAUGGAAAUUAAAUGCAUGUCCUGUCAUGGGGGCUACCAUUUAACUUUUAAUCACUGGAAGCCACGAUUUCAAAUUUCUCUGAUAAUGUCAAAUUUAAUAAGACCUACUUUUGUUUGUGGUGGUUAAAUUAUUGAGGCAUUUAUUUAAAAUCUUUUAUUUUUAAUACCUUUAGUUGGUGUAUGACAAAAAAGAAAGUGUAUUAAACCUGUGUAGAUGCUUGUUACUUGCCUGCAUGCAUGUUGUUGUUUUGGACCAUUAUCUUAAGUUCUGACUUGAUUAAAAAUGUGCAAUAUUUUGAAGUUCUGAAAGGGAAUUUCGAUAUAUGAUGUUUAAGUGUGUUCAUAUAAUUAUCAUGCUUGUUUAAAUGAAGAGACAAAAAUUGUUGUAUUUUUGCUUUAUGUUGUUUUAUAUAUAUUUUUUAACCAUUUAAAUUAUAAGUACUUGAACACCUGUUCAAGUUUAUUUAAAUUUGUUGCUGAAAUAAAAACUACAAAGAAAUAAAAGAAAAGGUUUUUCAAAAACAUUAUGAUUUAUAACUUUUUUAAUUCACAAUGCAUUUGCAUAUAUCCGUGUAACAUUCUGUGCUUAAGAUGUAAUAUUUAUUUUCAUAUAUUUGCAGAGGUUUAGUUUAAACAUAUUUUUAUUCUACAUUUAUAUCAAACAUCAGAUUACACAUUAUAUGUUGUACAAUCGUUAACAUGAUGAAUUGAAACAGCUUAAAAUGAAACCAAAAUUGAUAAUGGUUCUUUCCAUACAUACAUGUAUAACUUAUGGGAUAUUUUUAUUUCUGUUAGAAGAUAUUUAGGAAAUUGGUGGAGAUAAUGUCAUAAGUACCAAAACCUUGCUUUUAAUAACCAUAAUUACUAAUAAUGAAAUAAAACCAGAAAGUUA